CAUUCUUUCGCACAAAAAAAAAAACGGAAAAGCAAAAAACAAAUUGGGUCGGAGCAGAAGUUGCAGAACAACAGCAAAAGAAAAUGGCGAGCAAAAGAGACGAUGAUAUUCACGCAGCUGCAAGAAAUGGAGAUGUCACCACUGUUGAGUUGAUAAUCAGUUCUAACCCUAUAGCUACCAAUUCCAGAGAUAAGCAUUCCAGAACCCCACUACACUUAGCAGCUUGGGCGGGCCACGCGAAUGUUAUUACCUCUCUCUGCAAGCAUAAGGCAGAUGUUAGUGCUGCAGCUGUAGAUGAUAUGGCUGCAAUCCAUUUUGCAUCCCAAAAGGGACAUUUAGAAGCUGUCAAAUCCCUUGUUGCUGCAGGAGUUUCAGUUAAAGCUAUCAAUCGAAAAGGAAUGACUGCUCUGCACUAUGCUGUUCAAGGAUCUCAUAUUGAACUUACUAAGUACUUGUUAAAGAAAGGGUUUAAUCUACAUGCUAAAACAAAAGCAGGGAAAAGUGUAAUUGAUCUUGCAAGUAAAGAGGAAAUUAGGGUUUUACUGUUGGAGCAUGAAAAGGCAAAAAAAACAGAAGUUCAGAAAACUGAUGCAGCUGAAGUUAAAGAUGGGGAAGAAAAGGGUAAAGAGAAUGAAGUGAAGGAUGCUAAUAAUGAAGAGAAUCUGAAAAGAAAGGGUGAAGAGGAUGAAGUUCUAGAGAGUUUGCCAAAGUUGAAGAAAAGUAAAGUGGCACUUAACCAUUUACUUGCAUCUGAUGAUACACAAGAAGAUGAAGAAGAACAAUGAGUUUUCGAAGGAGGUGGAUUACUGUAUGUUAAACACUUUUAUGGAGUUUAUAUGAGUUUAGCAGGUGAGAAAUAGUGCAGUUAGAUUGAUUGAUUUACAAAUUUUGGUAUUUGAUAUGUAGUUUAGUUUUGAUGGUAAUGUAUAAUUCUGAAGUAGUAGUAAUCAUUAACUUGGUUUUGAAGGUUA